AUGGUUGCCAUUGCCUACCCCUUUUUAAUCUCUCUCGCUGCUGCCUUGGUGGUGAGAGACCAGGCUCCCAAGCCGCUUUCGUUCACCUUGAACAAGCACGACAAGAAGGAAAAGGUGAGACCCAACCCCACCACCCGCGCCAAGAUCAAUGCUAAUGAAGACGUCAGGCUUUUCGCCAACGGCGACUCGUACUUGAUCAACUUGGGGGUGAUUGACCAAAACCAAGAAUUGCAAUUGGUGUUGGACACUGGGUCUGCCGACUUGUGGGUCGACGCCGCGAAGUUGCUGGACACUUCGGCGUUCACCAAGGACGGGCAGAAGUUUGGUAUUGAAUACCAAGACCAGCUGAUCGUUAGGGGAGAAUUUGGCACCUCGUCGGUGUGGCUUGAAAAUGGUGUUGAAAUUAAAGAUUUGCAGUGGGCGUUGGCCACCGACGUCGAGUUGACCACAGGCGAGAUCCCCGGGAUUUUGGGGAUCGGCAAGGGCAUCAACGAGGCCGGCUACCAUAGUUCGGGCACCACCUACCCCAACUUCACCCAGAAGUUGAAGGACCAAGGGUUGAUUGCGCUGAACUCGUACUCGUACUACUUAAACAAGCUCGGCACCGCCACUGGUACCAUUACCUUCGGUGGUCGUGAUCUCGCUAAGGUCAAGGGCCCCGUUGCCACUUUCUACCCCAGUACCACUGACGAAAACGCCCGCUUCGAUACCGUCACCGUGUCCAAGUUCACCUCGGCCAACGGCGGGUCGGCGCCCGGGGUUGAAGCAAUCUUGGACACCGGCACCACAUUGACUUACAUCCCCGCCAGCGUCAUCAAGCUGUUGAAGGUGCCUGGUGUGUCCGUGGACAUCCGCGGUACCUACUACAUCGGCUGCAACCAGCCGACGACCAAGUUCGUGUCGUUUUGGUUUGGCUCUACCGAGAUCAAGGUUAGCUACCACGACUUGGCCAUCCCCGAAACUGACGACAACGGCAACGCCACCGGCAGAUGCUACUUCGGGUUCCAGUCGUCGACCCCUGAAGAAGGUUACACCCUCGGGGACUCGUUCUUGCGCGGGGCUUACAUCACUGUUAACCACGACAAGAACCAAAUCUUGAUCUCCGACGUCAACUUCACCGACACCGAAAACAUCGUCAGCAUCUAG